AUGCCGACAAGUAAACGUGUCGUGGAUGAGGCCGUAGCCAAGGCGAAGCAACGGCAGGCAAAAAUUAGGAAGAUGAUGGAGACCAAGGAGUCUCCUGUGCUGGAGCCUUAUCAUGAUCUCAUCGCUUUUAAUCGGCCGAACCCCGACACCCAAGAGACCCAGAUCGACGAGUCAUUGAUGCAGGCCGGCCUUGAUGUUCUGCGAAGCCGCACAACAGCUACCCAGCCAAAUUCCGAAGGAGAGCAGCCCCAGGCUGAAAAUAUGAAGGAGGCCCCAGAACCCUCUGCCCUGGAAGCUUCCAAGCCAGAUGCUGUACCAGACCCCAAAGCAACGCAGCAAGGAGAGAUUCCGCAGGAACAGCAGGAAGGAAACAAACCCAAGGACCCCAAUGCCGGCUCAAGCUGGCCGGACUCCUGGGCUAAUGCGACAUCUUGGGAUUCUUGGGGAAACAAUCGUUGGAGUCAGUGGUCUUGGGGCGGGGGCUGGGAUUCCAGUCAGCACGAUUGGAAUUACAAGGAUUUGUCUGAGGAUCAUCUGUCUUGGCGGCGACGGCACAGCAGCAUCGAUUCCCUGUCCGACGCCCAAGCUUCUCCCCAAGCUUGGCACAGAGCUUGGUCCCAGGAAUCUUAUAAGAGCUCAUCUAGCCUCCAGUCGGAGCUGAUAGCUGGGUUUCAACGGCUCAACACCAUCGACCGGACCCAUGACAAAGACCUUGCAAAGGUAGCUGCGAACUUAGAGAAAAAGUUUGAGGCGGCAAAGUCGCCAGACAAGUCAGGUAUUCCGACGCCCACCACGGCCACGCCCCAAGGUUCGCCGUCUCCCUCUUCUUCCCAGCAGAGUUCCCCAGCUCCUGAGAAAGCACCCCAAGAUGCUUCGGAGAAGCCUCAAGAUAAGACCAAAGUUUCCAAAGAACAGUCAGAGCAGAAGCAACCAGACGGCACCGAGAAGACAACCGCAGAUCAGAAGGAUACCGACAAAGGCAAGCAGGAAGACGAGACCGAAGAAGGCAAAGCUGCCAAGAAAGCGGCCGCUGCUGCAGAAAGAAAGAAAAAAGCACACGCAAGGUACAUGCGCUACUUUCGGUCUGUGCAUGGCGGCGAUCUCAAUUCCGAGAAGAACAGUGUGAUGUUCGAAGCAUGGCUCAACUGUGGCGGCAACUGGAAGCAGAGCCAACUGUACAUCAACUGCAAGACAAAGAACAUAAGCAAACGAAAGGGAGUACGGAAAUGGAUGCUUCGGACCGAUAUCGAAGCAAAGUUCGGGGUGGAGAAUGCGGAGGCAAUCAUUGUCAGGAAACUGAAUGAUGAGAAGCUUCGUGAUACGGAGGUGAAAAAGCAUCCGGAUCUUCCGGAGUCGCUGGACAUGAUGCAGUUUCUCAUCUUUGACAGCGAGGAGGAGAUCGAGCAGGAGGAGGAGGUCAUGGAGAUGCUGUACAAGUUGGCAGAAGAGGAGGAAGCCGAUGUGCAGCUGAAGGCUGCUCAUUCCGAGCUCCAGGCCGCUUUGGACACCAAGGCUGGAACCUUUACGUAG